UUCACUCGUAGCAACGCGCGCUGUACGGAGGCAACGGAAGCCACAGCCGCAUAGGUAGCUCCACUAAUUACCGAUCGCAUACUCAACUCGACUCAGACAGAGACUGCAAAGACAGGCGACAUGAACAAAUACGCUCUGAUCGCUGUGUGCCUGCUGGCCGCCCUGGGCGCCCUGCUGCUGGAGGCGCGCGCCAGUCCCAGUCCACAGAAGCUGACCUCGGGCCAGCUGGAGAGCGUCUCGGCGCAGUUUCUGCCGCCCGAGUUCCGCAACACGAAUGUCAGCAUGGAUGAUAUUAAGCGCGUCUAUCGCGAGAAGUGCAAGAAGGCGACUGGCAAGGAUAAUACCACGCUGUACAAGGAUAUCGAGGAUGCGGCCGGCAAGCUGGGCGCCUGCCUUAGUGGGCUGGCGAAUCUGACGGCCCUGCAGGCCGAGAUGGAGGCAGCCCGUCCGAUCGGCGAGCUGGACACCGUCUUCCACAAGUACUGCCAGCGGGCGCCCGAGGCCGAGGGCUGUGUGCGCGAGUUCAACGAGAAGGUGAAGCCCUGCCUGAGUGCCGAGGAGCUGCGCCAGCAGGCCACCAUGAUGCGUCUGGGCUCUUCCCUGCUGAACUUCGCCUGCUCUCGCGGCGGCGAUCAAAUUGCACUCUUUGUGGCCGAGCAGGGACCAGAGUGCCUGGAGGCGAACAGGGAGAGCAUCAGCAACUGCCUGAACAGAUCAUUCCAUCAGUAUCUACCCAAGGACGGCCAGGUGCCCGAUCUGAUGAGCCGGCCCGAGCUGCUCUUCUCGCCCACACACUGUGUCGACCUGCAGAGCUUCGAGGCCUGUGUGCUGCAUCAUCUGGAGCAGUGCGCCGAGAUCACGCCCGCCAACAUUGUCCAGUCGAUCUUUCGCUUCGUCAAGAACGAGACCGACUGCAAGGCCUGGAUGGAUGCCCGCGCCAACGAGCGACCCAUUCUGCUGGCCAGCAGCAAUCACACUGGGGGCGGGGCCGGCAGCCUAGUCACCACCCUCAGCGGCACCCUGGCCCUCACGCUGGGCGCCUUCCUGCUGCGCAACUAGGCUAUCACAACCAGAAUUCAUCAUGCUCAGCAUUUGGUUGGCUUUGAUAAAAUGUUUAAAGUAUUCCUUAUUUCCAUUGAUAAUCAUAUAAAUAUAUAUCAUUAAUUUUUUUUUCUUAUCUGGAGUAAUGAGUGUAGUGAUAACGUU